AUGGAAAGUCCUGGGUUCGAUCCCGGCAGCGGCACUUCAGUCCGUGAGCAAGGCACAUUAACUUCCGACGUACCCGACGAUACCGUGUACACUGAUGGACAGAAAACGGUACGGAUGGGCGACAGUGUUGUCCUUACAUGUCGGUUUCGAGGCUCACCAUUGGCUGUCUACUGGAAGAAAGGUGAUGACCCAAGAACCGCACCAAACCUUGUAUCAUGGAUUAUUGAUGAUGACGACACUCGUGAAUCAUGUGAAGAUCAAAGCCUAUGUGAGAUCAUGGAGAUGAAUGAGAAUCGUUCUUUGGUCAUCAAAGAAGUCAGCAUUGCAGAGGAGGGUCGAUACAUCUGCAGAGUAUCGGACUACAAGGGAGACUUCAUCCACAACUUUACGGAUAUCCGUGUAUUUUCGCCUCCCUCUGAACCGUAUCCACGUAUUGAGAAAUGCCCAGGGGAACCCGUCAACAAUGCUUCGCAAUCUUGCAGCCUCCCGGCUUCUGACAGUGUCACCAUCACCUGCACCGCAUCGAAUUACUUUCCCGACAUCGAUCUGUCCUUCCUCCACGAAGUUAUUACGACGAACGCAACAUACUCGCAUAUCGUCGAAGAGACAAACGUGGAUGGCACUAAAAACAAAUCGGUUUCAAUCGUCGCCAGGCCGAGUGAAAACCCCUAUGUGUGCGUGGCGUCCCGUAUCCCUGGAUCGCAAGACCGAAGGACAGUUAGUGUAACAGUUUAUACUAUUGAGUCAACAGUUGCCAUGACGACAACCCAAACUAAUCAAACGACUCCACCUCACCAGAGACAUGGAGCAGCCAAAGUUGGGACAGGAGACUCGGAAUCAGCGCCUUUGCGUCCGAUGCAAGAUAUCAAAGGGAAAGUAUCCUUUUAUGAAUUAUGGCACUUGAUACAUCACGUGGAAACUAAAUACUCGGAUAAACUACGGGAGGCCUUCAUCUACCUGAAGAUCUGUCCUGCAGGAGACGAACUAACUGCAGACAAUGCAUAUAAUUUCCUUUGCCAGUGGAAGGAUACAAAUACAUACGAUGAUGAAGCUACAAUGUUGAAAAAUGCAUUAAUUGGACAUGGAUUUGAGCGAUCUUGGAAAGGAUUGUGUGAUCUUGUAGUGCCCGAAUAUCUUCACCAAGAGAUAUCCCCUGAUGAGAUUCGGAAGUGUGUCUACAGACUCGCAGAAAGGCAUGUUAGGAGGUUGGCUACGUCUGUUAAGAUAAAGGAUGAAAAUCAAAUAACCACCACCAUCGAUGAAAAUAAGGAAGUGCUGUUGAUCGUUGAACAGAUGAUAAAUGACUGGUUGAUUGGACAAGAAUGUGGCAACUAUGAGAAGAGAUGUAAACUGGAUGAUGCCAUCAUUGAGAUUGGUCGCCAUGAUUUGACAGAUUCAUUUGGGACAACGAGCUACAGAGCCCAAUCAGGAGAUGAUCAUGAGACAGAACAUUCUUAUGCAAAGUACUUCGAUUGCAGCAGUUUAUUUGAUGACGACAUUGAAUCGUUGCUCAGGUAUCUUCCAACAGGUGCGAUACCAAUGUUUCUCGAAAAACUGGGGAUUUCACAAGGAGACGACGAUGUCGGAGAAAGGCUCCGAUGCUGGAGAGAUCGAAGGAUUGGGAAAACAAAGGGAUGUUCCCUGCAAAAAAUAACUACAAUCCUUAUAGAAACCCUGCAGGAGACAAAUAACAAUUACGUGUUGUCCUUGAACGAUGAUGAUCUGGAAAACAUAGUUGCAAGCAUGACCUCUCCAAAGCAGAUGGAAGUACUCGCAUCGAAGCUGAAGAUAAAACCGGAGGGACCACCACUACAAACCCUCAAAGACUGGAUGGAUGGGUCUAAAAAGGACAAUCGUCGUCACAUUUUGUGGAAAGCGCUCACUUCGAGUGAAUUAUCAGGAUGUAUCGUUCAACAACUUCCUUCAGAACACGUUUACAAACCUGAGAUAUUACGGUUAGCUUGGAGCAUGUUUUUUAUUGACGUCCUGCCAUUAGCGAACUUACUCGAAAUGAAUUUCAACAGUAAGAAUUCCAAAUUGAAAGGAACUCUUACUUUGUUGCGGAAACUGUUUGAGAAAUCGAAGACGUUAGACUCAGUUUGUCGUCGUGAUUUCUCUGUUGCCAUCAGAAACCUAGGCUAUCUGGAUGUUGCACGAUCUGCAUAUAUUGGUUAUGACGCAAGCCUUAGCGAACUGUGCAACAUGGUAUCAGGGCUGUCGAAAGACGAAAUUUUGAAGUUGAUGGACAAUCUGGAAUUGGAGAAAGAUAUUCUGUCAGUCUGUAAAGGAACAACAGGAGAAUACGACAUUGUCAGACCCAUGGAGAUCUGGAAAAGACAACAUAGUUUAGAACCAUUCCACUACAGAUUAAAGUUAGCAUUUGGUCUACGUGCUGCUGGAAAAACCGAGAUUGCCAGAAAGAUUAUUGCAGGUAGCUAUGGCAUGGUGGCAGUCAAUCCUGAUGUCUUGAAAAGCAUAUGCAACGGAAUGGGCCAUGGUCACCUGGAAAGGCUUGUGGACCACCUUGGAUUAAACGUCAAAGGAGAUAACACUGUCGAUACGUUAGCCCUUGUUAUCCAGUGGGCAACAGGGUGGUUCAGCAAAAUUGACAAUUCGUCAUUUUUCGAAUCCCUCAAGGACAAGUUUUUAAAUGAGGUGAAAUCUCGUAAAGAAUACAUUGAUAAUCUCUACAAGGCAGGAUUUGUCGGAAUUGCUGAAGAACUAAUGCUCCUUGAGGUCUCUAGAUUGUGUCCCAUCAAGCAAGUUGUAGACGAACCUUGUGAAAUUGAAAAUCAAGAAACAUCUGAACAAAAUGAAUCUGAGAACAAUCCGCCAAUCGAGGAAUGUUACGAGGCAACUGUUUUUUCCCCAAGUACGGAUGGUCAAGACCAACCAUGCAACAAUGAGAAUGGAGAUACGCAACUGUAGGGAUAUGCCUGACCUGUUGGAGAGCUUCUUAAAGUUGUUUUCCGGAGUGAAAAUACAUUUUGGAAAGAUACUUCUUUUUAAAA